UGGACCGACCUGAUUGAAAAAGGAAUAGGAAAAUUGGCCUCCAAGAUUCCAAGCAGUGCAAGGAGAUCAUGAGGAAUCAUCAAGGGUCCAAGUGUUGACUCACAAGAUCAAUGAACCCUGGAAUUUGUGGAAUCGUUAUUCAUCAGUGAAGAUGCUCGUUCGAGUGCUGGCGUGGUGGAUCCGAUUUGUCAAAGAGAAAGAAAAAGGGAACGAGUAGCAGGGGAAUUAUCCAUAGAUGAACUACGAUCAGCGGAGUUGAUCAUGAUCAAAAAUUUGCAACGAGAAAAAUUUCCUGAGGAAGUAAGGGCUCUCUCCUUGAACAAGCCAGUACCGAAAAGUUCCAAGGUCGCGCGCCUGAGCCCUGUGAUGAAGGAUGGUGUCCUGAGAGUGGGGGGUCGACUGCAACAUGCUGACAUUGACAAAAACCAAAUGCAUCCCAUCCUUAUCCCUAAACUGCAUCCUGUGACUGCCUUAUUGAUUCGUGAUGCCCAUAUUAAUAUGAAACAUGUAGGAAUCAAUGCGACAUUGUAUAAUCUACGACAAAAUUAUUGGAUCGUCGACGUUAGAGUAGCAGUUAGUCAGGUGGUGACGUCUUGCGUGACGUGUCGUCGAGUAAAGCCUAAAGAAGUAGCAUAUGUUAUGGGGAAUCUCCCUAAGGUGAGAGUUUCUGCUGCGAGACCGUUUGAGAGGGUGGGGGUGGAUUAUUGCGGUCAUUUCUUUAUUAAGGAAAAAAGAAGUCGAAAUAGAGCAAAAUUAAAGGUGUACGCCGCGGUGUUUGUUUGCAUGGCCACUAAAGCGUUCCACAUUAAGUUAGUGGAAAAUUUGACAACCGAAGCGUUCCUCGGAUGUUUGCGCAGAUUUUUUGCGAGGCGUGGAAAAGCAAAGGCCUUGUAUUCGGAUAACGGUACGAACUUUGUGGGCGCAAAUAAUGACCUUAAGGACCUUCACGAUUUUUUAAACUUAGAAAAGGGAAAUGUAAAAAUUCAGCGAGAAUUAUCUAACGAAUUAAUCGAAUGGAAUUUUAAUCUUCCCCGAACCCCGCACUUCGGCGGACUGUGGGAAGCUGCGGUGAAGGCCUUAAAGCAUCAUUUGAGACGAGUUGUUGGCGAUACAUUGUUAUCGUAUGAAAAUUUGAACACACUUAUGUGCGAAAUUGAGGCGUUGUUAAAUUCGCGCCCAUUGACACCAAUGUCUUCGGACUCCGCGGAUUUAAAUGUGUUGACCCCGGGACAUUUUUUAAUUGGACAAUCUCUGUUAACAAUUCCUUCUACUGACCUUUCCACGGUACCUAUCAAUCGUUUGAGUGUGUGGCAACACAUUCAAAAAAUCAAAGGAGAUCUGUGGAAACGUUGGACGAAGGAAUAUCUUAGCGAACUAAAUUCAAAAAGUAAAUGGAUUGCGGGAGAAGAAAAUAUAAAGGUGGGAACGUUGGUCACAAUAAGGGAUGAUAAUAGUCCACCGAUGCGUUGGUGCAUGGGCCGAAUCGUGGAAACAAUUCCAGGCGACGAUGGAAUUGUGAGAGUUGUAAAGGUUCGAACUGUGAAUGGAAUAAUCGAGAGAGGAGUGAAACGAAUUGCACCACUUCCUGUUGAAAAUUAAUUGUGAAUUAAAAAUGUUGACCUGUCAAAGGGGGGAGGAUGUGUGAUUUGAUCAUGAAAAUAUGUGAGCCUGACAACUGAGGACCUCUACAUUUAAUUUUGUAAAUUUUCGCACUUUUCGUGGACAAGGUGAAAGACUAAAUUUUCCGGAGAAUGAGUCAGUUGAUCGUUGACGAUAAAAUAGUAAACACGUAUUCUUAUGUAAUUGAAAGUAUAUUUAAAGUAAUUUUUAUUAAAUGUGACAAUGUUAACCAGCAAAUGUGUUUACGUUUUUUUUCAUACCCUAAUUAACGCGUCUAAGUUUUUUUGCUUUUAAAAACAAUUUUUUCAUUAUCAAAAUUCGAAGACGCGUUUCAACAGCUGCGAUUCAAGGUUUCAUUUGAAACCAAAAAGAAAAAUAUUGCACCUCUUGUUUUUCUUUUA